AUGACUAAAGCUGAAAAUUCAAGCGAUCAAGAUUCAAACAACGGUGGCAUUCGUGAUUUUGUUUGUGAUCCAUACAGUAGCGAUGAUAGAAUGAGAUGCAUAAUAAUUCUUCAAUUUGAAGGUGAUAAAUGGCAAGAAUUAAAAGAGUUAAUUGUUCAUGAUAAAUCAAGUGGAAUAAUUGUUUAUUGUUUAGUUGACCAUCCUUAUUUUCAAGGUGAAACAAUUAAUAUUUGUCGAACAACAAAUCAAGUUUAUCAAUCUGAAUUAGAAUAUGAAAUUAAUUGGAAGUUAAAAGAUCAAAAUUCGAAAGAAUCAAAUGAUGAUAUUUAUUAUUCUGAAUAA